AUGGCGUUCCUCAACGGCAACGUCCACCUUUGGCUUUCUCCAGCUCUGCGGGGCCGUGCUGAUCCGAUGCGGCAGCGUUCAGGUCCCGGUCACACGUCAUUACUGCUCCGUGGGUUUCGGCAGGGUUGGGAGGUGGCCGCAGAACCUGAGGGCGGGCGGAGGAAGUCUGGAAGUCGAGCAGUGUUUUCCUGCUGGUGGGAUGCGCCGAGUCUCCUCGUCUCUGCUAACGACGUUUUUCUUCUUUCCGAUAGGAAACACAGACUGACAAGAACUCAAAGUGCCUUUUCCCCGGUUGUGUUCAGCCCCCUCUUCACAGGUGAAACGGUGUCACUGGUGGACGUGGACAUCUCUCAGCGAGGACUGACCUCCCCUCACCCUCCGACUCCGCCGCCUCCACCACGAAGAAGCCUCAGCCUGCUAGAUGAUAUCAGUGGGACGCUGCCUACAUCUGUCCUAGUGGGUCCAAUGGGUUCCUCCCUGCAGUCUUUCCCUCUGCCUCCGCCUCCUCCGCCCCAUGCCCCAGACGCCUUCCCCCGGAUUGUCCCGCUGAUUUUUUUGCCUGCCCCGCACCUCCAGUGUCCGCUCUACCGCCCGGACUCCAGCAGCUUUGCAGCCAGCUUGCGAGAGCUGGAGAAGUGCGGGUGGUACUGGGGACCGAUGAACUGGGAGGAUGCAGAGAUGAAGCUGAAGGGGAAGCCGGAUGGGUCCUUUCUGGUCCGAGACAGUUCUGACCCCCGUUACAUCCUGAGCCUCAGCUUUCGGUCGCAGGGCAUCACCCAUCACACCAGGAUGGAGCACUACAGAGGGACCUUCAGCCUGUGGUGCCACCCCAAGUUUGAAGACCGCUGCCAGUCUGUGGUGGAGUUCAUAAAGAGAGCGAUCAUGCACUCCAAAAAUGGGAAGUUUCUCUACUUCCUCCGAUCCAGGGUCCCAGGUCUCCCUCCAACGCCUGUCCAGCUCCUGUAUCCAGUCUCCAGAUUCAGCAACGUCAAAUCCCUUCAGCACCUUUGCCGCUUUCGGAUCAGGCAGCUGGUCCGAAUAGACCACAUCCCCGAGCUGCCGCUGCCCAAGCCCCUGAUCUCCUACAUCCGCAAGUUCUACUACUACGACCCGCAGGAGGAGGUGUAUCUGUCGCUGAAGGAGGCUCAGCUCAUCUCCAAACAGAAGCAGGAGACCGAAUCCUCCACGUAGCGGGGCUGCCUCGCCCAUCUUGUUGCUGUCACUGACGGAAUUGGAUUGUUGCCAUCCUGUAGCCUGAGCCAGGCUGUGGUGGGAAGGAGGCAUGCGACGGUGAAGCCCGCUUCUGCGGUGCCGCUUCUGCUCUCAAGCUCUUUUGUACGGAGAAGAGGGUUCAAGGCUCCUAGGAAGCACAGCAGAACGGGAACAAGAGCCUCAGCUCCUGGCUGGGGGAGAGGGGUCUCGGAGGCAGCCGAGCCCAGCUCACGGACUCCUCGCAGAACAAAGAAUGUCAUGGCACUAUUUACAAUUUUUUGAAAGUUUUAUUUUUGAUGUCGUCUUCUUUUUUUUUUUUUUGUUGUUGUUUAUUUUCAGCAUGAGAAAUACUGUCUUAUGAUCGGCUGAAUUUUAUUAUCCUCCCUUGGAAACUUCAAGGUGGGGGGGAGAGAGAGAAGGGGACUCUCUAAGAAGAUCUUUUGCUCCAGGCAUUGCGGCCAGGCCGUUCUUUGGCCCUCACCAAGAGGGGACGCAGCCGGAGCGCUGCUUGGACUGAUCCGGAAUCACGUGCAGCUAUGUGGAAUGACCUCCGGGGAACAGGGAGCUCCGAACAGCGGGCGGCCGCACAGCUCCCCUGCUUGCCAAGAUUUGGGAGAAGAGGACCCAACCUAAUCUUGGGCAGCUGAGCUUUGCAACUGGCUUUGCAGGGUGGCCCCGUAUGCUUUUAAGUUGAGUCCAAGGAAGGAAGAGCGCGUGAGCCGUUUGGAUGUCCCGGAGCCUUCUGCCAAAGCGAACGGUUGCUGCUGCGCUGGGCAGCCAGGGCUGCCCCGAGGAGGAGGCAUCGUUCCCUUAGCAAACACUGGAAGAUUGCGCCGAAGCCCUGCGGUAAGCGGCAGAGAGGUGGCAAAGCUGUUGCUGUAACUGUCGCGGCAGUCCCGGCACCAGAGUCAUUUGCCGCGGCGAUCUCUGCCCUUCCGAGCGGCGGGGCGUGCGCUUUGAGCCUUUCCCCACCUGGGUCCAGAAGCUGUGAAUGAAGUCGCGUUCUGCAGAGCUGUGCAGGAUCCUGAUCAGGAGUUGCUGGGGCAUUAAGGGGCUUCUUUGGGGUGACUUGGAGCAAGAAAGAGAUAACCGAGGGUUCUCCUGGAACGGCAUCUGAUCUCAUCGAGCUUGUGCUUGCUGCUUCCUCCUCGUCCUGGGGUGUCCAUGGAACCACAGCAGUUCAGCAACAGUAAAGCCAAGAGAGGUGGUAGCUCCUGCUGUGUUUCUGGGCUUGGCAUGGGCUGAAAUACCACACGCACACCCCUCCCGCCCUUCAAAUCCUGGUCUGCUGUUUAAUCCACUGCGGCAACUGCAAAGAGUUUGCACUUCAUGGUCAAGCUUAAAGUUUGCCCAAAGUAAUGCUGAGAAGUCUGGAGAAAGAUCUUUCCACCCCGUAUUUAAACGAGCAGAUGCUCUCAGCCCGAGUGAAGGAAACGCUCCACCCUGCAAUGGUGUGGUCUGAAAACGCGAUGCUGUGUGUGGCCCGGGCCUCCGGGUCCGAGGUCGGUGCCCUGGGAGCUGGCUGCGGUCACCCGGGAGCCACUAGGACUUGGGUCUCGCCCUGCAGAAUGAUCCGUGUCCUUGAAUUAAACACAGUCGUGUGGAUCUGGAAGCAGCCUGGAAAAAUUCUGAUUGCCUCUGCCGAGCGUUGCUACGAAAGGUGCUAACAAAUCCUGCCCUCCCUUCCUUCCCCGCCACCUCUGGCCUCUGUUCUGGUCUUGGAGAAGAAGUGUGGGUUUUAAAAAAAAAAAAAAA